CGCCCCGCUCAUGGCGUCCACCGCAGACGCCUCGGCGUCACACCCCUCCGGCGUAACCCCAUCCUCUACGGCCUCAACAUCCUCCAGCAGCACAAUCCGCGCGUCCACCUCGCAAUCUAAUGGCGCCCCCGAAGCUGGCCCUAGCCGACCACAUGCGCCAGAAGCACACGGAGGCAGCGCUCCACGGUCCAACUCGCCCCCGCGUGAAAUCACGCCCCACCUCGACUUGGCCACGUACCCCACCCCGCAACUCCUCCGCCUCCUCGCACGUCUGCUGCAACAGAUUGCCAGCAGUAACGAUCAGCUGCGCUCCGAACAAGCCGACGAAGGCGAGGAGGCCGACGACGCGCACGAGCCGCCACCGAGCGACGCAGCUUCGCUUGCAUCGGCGACAACCUCCCAGUCACGCUCCAGCACAGUGCACGACUCCCCUACCAAUGAGCUGUUCCAUGACGACCCGCCUCCUGUCGACCUCGCCGCCGGCGACAAGCUGUUCACCGCCUCCAAGGCAUCACUCUCACAGCCCCAGAGCAUCCUCUCCUUCCAUGCCCGACACGUGCCCUCGAUCAGCAUUGAGGCAUACCUUCUCCGCAUCCUCAAGUACUGUCCCACCACGAACGAGGUCUUUCUUGGCCUCCUCGUCUACUUUGACCGCAUGAGCAAACUCGGCACGCCCGGGGGCGUGGGCGGCAUCAAGGCCGCCGUCGGGCCGCGCGGUUUUGCCAUUGACUCGUACAACAUUCACAGAUUGAUCAUCGCCGGAGUGACGGUGGCGUCAAAGUUCUUCUCAGACGUCUUCUAUACGAACUCGCGUUACGCCAAGGUCGGCGGGCUGCCACCCACAGAGCUGAACCAACUCGAGCUGCAGUUCCUCCUUCUGAACAACUUUACGCUCAUGAUCCCGCCCGAUGAGAUGCAGCGGUACGGCGACCGCCUCCUAGCCUACUGGCAAGGGCGGGAGGAGGACGCCGGUGUGUCACCUGAGGUGGCGGGCGAGCUGAGGCGGCAGGAGCGCGAGCGUGAACGCGACCGGCAGCGCGCCGCUGAGAAGCGGCCGUCUCUGCAGCGCGCGUCGUCGCACCAGCCGAUGGACGUUGACAAGACUGGGACAGGGCCGACAUCGACAUCGACGGCGCCGACGACGCCCGCCAAAAAUGCGAGCCCGACCAAGCUUGCGCGCUCGGCUUCUCUGCCUCGCCGCCCGCCCAGUGCGGAGCGCAGUGCUAGCGCGGGGCGUCCUGUCGUGUCAUUCGCCACGCCUGGGUUACGGGAGGGUGGGGUGGUCGGAGGGCAAUGAGCAGCCGGCCGUUAGCAGCAGCAGCAGCAGCAACGGCGGCAGUGCAGCAGCAAUAACAGCAUGAGCAUGUGAGAGGACACCAGAGGGAGAUCGUCAAUGUAUCUUGGGAGCCUUUUCAGUGCUAUGAUAUGGGUUACACAGUGUUGGAGAUAUUGGCAUGUCUCGUGGCCGGGUACGAGUGGUCGUGUUCUCGUCACUGCCGAUCGUUGCCGACUGCAUUGUGAUGAUAUCGGGC